AUGUCCGAAUCCAAGCGCAAGCGGGCGCGGGUAGCAUGCGAGCCAUGCCGAGAACGCAAAAGAAAAUGCGACGGCGCUGAUCCUUGCGAAACAUGCGGUCAAUGGGACUAUGACUGCUACUACAAAUCAACCCCACGACGAAGACGCCAUGCUUUCCAAGAAGAGCAUUCCAAUGAAAUUAGCAUACCACAGUCCCCCAAGCAAAACGACUUGUCAGAUACCCACGGGGUGGAUCGUCGAUUAGAAGCGAAUUCCGGUGCCGCAUUUGUGCGAAAGAUGGGUCUGAAUAUCGAUCCUGCGAAAGCGCCCAAGCUUAGUCUGUUUGGGUGGAAUAUUGGAAAGCGACGAUCAACGCCGACAUUUGAGGGUGUUCAUACAGCGCUAUCUAUCACAGACAUCACGUCCUUGGAACACAUGAGGGCCCUUGCUGAUGUGUACUUCACGAAGAUUGAUCCAUGCUAUGGUUUCAUCAACCGUGCCCAGUUUCUGGAGCGACUGGAGGCCAGAUGGGAGUCAACCUCAGUCGAGAGUCUAUAUGACAGUGUCAUCGGUGGUAUUGCUGCCCUAGGCUGUCUGUUUUCUCAACAAAACAUGACGGUCACGGAGUUACAUUUCGUCGUAUCUGUACGUUCUAUUCUUGAAAUGCAUGUUCUUACUGGCCCUCCUCCAAUGGAUCUCCUCACCGGAUGGAUGUUACGGGUUGUCUACAUGCGAAUGACGGAUGUGCCCUAUUCAACAUGGAUGGAAAGUUCGAAAUUGAUGCAUCUAGUGGAAGCUGCAGGCUUGCAUUUAAACUCUGCAAACUCGGUCUUUCCACGCAGUAGUGAUACAAACAUCGACCCAGAUCUUCAAAAGAGACUCUUUGGCGUGGCAUUCCACCAGAACUUGUGGAUUUCAUACGAUCUUGGCCUGUCACGAGUCUUCUUCCAUAAAGAUGAUUUACCCUUGCUUCCAUCAACCAAACAAGGCGAUUACACACACGAGCUACUCGGCCUUUUGCCCGUGUCAGAAAGCCUCAAUCCGGGAAAAUCCAAAGAUGAUGAGACAAACCUGGAAGCAACGCUAUCGCAGGUCCUAGAAAGAAGUCAUGAGGAGCCCCCAUCGGCUAUGGCACAAUGCAAUCUUGUGCUAUGUAUCCUGCGCAGAGUCCAUACACAGAAUCUUGAUCUCUCCUCCCACCUAACAGAAAAGGCCUUGAAACUGUUAAAGAAAGGACUUGCCUGCUCACGCACUAUGAUCAAGGACUGCACUCCCUGGCAACACAUAGCCAAUGUACCGUUCCACAUUAUAUGCGUCUUGCUCGUAAUGGACACCCGUCCAUCUGUAGCAAUGCUUCCGGAAGCAAUGCAGACACUGAAACUCGUUGCAUCUACUUACGAUACAGACACUAUGAGAGAGGCUUGGAAUGCCGCUCGCCUGUUAGUCAUGCUCCAUCAACAGCGCAGGAAAGAUGACCUUGCAAUAUUCAAUGGCAUCUUGAACGUGGAACAGCAAGGUAUUCCCGUUGAACAAUCAUCUCAGCAAGAAUCUCCAAGCGCUGAAGCAUACUCAUGGCUAGAGGCUUUCGUCGCUGAUCUACCUGGCUUGCAAAGAGUUGACCUCGAUCAGUUCCUACAUGCGGAUAUGAUUCAUGGUUCAAAUUUCCUGGGUGAAUCUGGAUAG